UGUUUACCUGUGGCCACAGUGCGUUCUGUUUCCGCCGGUGGACUGUGCCUUCUUUACAGACAGAACCCGGCCGAUGACGCAGUUUGAUUUUUCCGUCUUCUGCACACAACAGCCACACGUGGAGGAGGCAGCAGGUAAUUGUUAAUGUGUACAAUGGAUCCUGGAGUGGUAACUGAGCGACUGUUCCAGCUGUACAGGGACCAUGGUAGCGAGGACUACUUGGGGGAGGAUGUGUCCAAGACACAACACAGUAUCCAGUGUGGAAUGUUGGCGGAAGCAGAGGGGUGUUCAAAAGAGAUAGUUCUUGGUGCUUUCCUUCACGACAUCGGCCAUCUGGUGGGGCAGGAGCAACAGCUGCCGAAGAUGGUGACAAAUGACGUCAACCUUGGUGCCGCGAAUCAUGAUACGGUUGGAGCCAAGUUUCUUCAGGAUCUAGGCUUUCCGGAAGUCGUGUGCGACCUUGUCGGAGGUCACGUGAAGGCCAAGAGGUACUUGGUCUGGAAGUAUCCCGAUUACUAUGAAAAGCUGACCCCGGCAAGUAAGAAGACGUUGCAACAUCAAGGGGGUCCUAUGAACUCGGAUGAGGCUGCUUCUUUCGAAACCUCUCCAUUACACCAGAUCAUCUUGCGCAUGCGAACUUGGGACGAACGCGCCAAAGAUCCGGAAACUAAGAUGGACUCGGUCGACAAAUUUAAGAAUCUUUGUAUGGAGGUGUUGAAGGCAAAAUACUAACUUUCCACACUG